UUGCAUUAAUUAAUUUUUAUUCUUCCUUGAACUGACUCGGCGUAGAAGAAGUUCCAGAGGUAGAAAGGUUUGUUUCUCUUAGUUUCAUCGUAGAAUGGCCAGUAAGUCCAGUCGUGGCUCCAGUAAAACGGUUAGACAAGAGAGAGAUAGGGAGCGAGUGGUAGACUACUUAUUCAGUAGAGGAUUGUUUCUCUAUAUUAUGUAUUACAUAUAUAUAGUAAAAAAGUAUUAUUAACUUUGUGUGUAUAAUAAUUCUAUGGGAGAGUAGUAGUCCACCAUUGGUUGUAGUACAUGUGUUGAUGAUGUACAUGUUGUAUUGUGCUAUCCAUUGCUCUUCUCCUUUCCUAUUAGUUACAUAGUAUCAUAUUUACGCUAGUAAUAUUUGGUACCGGUAAUUCUGCUAACGAUUGUUAUAGUGUAUCUCAGCCUCUACUGAUUCAGGUAUUACAUUCCUCUUCCUUGGUCUCUAGGGUGAUGAUUUGGUCACAGCAACAUUAGCAGGUGAUCUUGAUAAGAUACAGAAAGCACUCAAGAAAGGAGCUGAUGUCAAUUAUAACAAAUACAAGAAACUGAAACAAGAAACUCCUCUCCACAUUGCUGCUAGGAUUGGCCACACUGAAGCUCUUCAAACUUUAUUAAUGUCGGGUGCUGAUGUGGAGCUAACAGAUGAAAAUAAACAAACUCCACUACACAAUUCAUCAAGAGAAGGACAUUUAGACAUUGUUCAAACUCUUUUACUCUCGGGAGCAAAUAUUGAUGCACUGACAACAUCUAACUGGACUCCAUUGCAUCAUGCCAGUUCAAAUGGACGAGAGAAAGUAGCUGAACUGCUCUGUCAGUACGGAGCUGAUGUGAAAGCUCUUACUUCUGACAAUAAAACAGCACUAGAUCUAGCAAAAGACAAUAAUCACAGAGACGUGGAGAGAAUACUCACUCAAUUCAACUAAACCGUGCUAGUACCUUCUCCUCUCAUUUUGUUGACUUCAUUGUCUGUUUCAUUCUCUUCAUUGGCUCUCUCUUUGCGUGGGAGGACUUUUAAUUAACUGUUUUAAUUAAACACAGUUUUAUUAAUUUUAAUAAUUUUAACUAGUAUAACUAUUAUUUUAUUAACUAUUAAUAACUAACCACUCCCUUCAACAUGCAAAGAACCACUCGGGUACUGGUAGUUGUUGCUGUGUCUUUCUUGUUUCUCAUUGGCGGGUAUUGGUUCCUUUUCACUGGUGAUCCUGUAGGAAGAAAUAAAGAAAAUACUUUUAGUCUACCAUCUACCUUCACUCCUAGCGGGCAGACUGAGGCCCCCAGCGGAUCAACCUCAGCUGCUACUCUUGGCAAUGAACCUCCUCAGUCCGUUCCUCACCCUUUCACUCAUCCAGCCAACAGAAAAGACUUGUGGGUGGACGUAUCUCAAAAUGAAGACACUCUUAUAAGAAGAAUGGCUUACAUUGAUGACAGGUUUCCCAGUGAUGGCCCAUUCCUAGUUCUUAUAUUAAUGCACAAUGAAAAAAAGAAGAAACCAUCUUUAUUUGCUAAGAUAAACUACAAAGACAUUCCCUCAAUAUGUCUCCCUCUUGAGUACUGGCUCCAAAGUGGCCAUCUUGAUCUAAACCACAACCUACCUGAGGUAUACGUGAAUCGUGUCCUCCGUACCAAAGGACAGCUACGAGACGAGGCCCCCUCCAGUGUACAGGUUACCAGUGACCAUAAGUGCAACUCUGGUCUAUCGGUCAGUAUACCCGUACGAUGGAAUAGUAGAGAGGUAUCGUCCAAAAGUGUGCAAAGGGUGAAAUAUGGAGUGUGCAUUCAUAAAGCAUUGUUUGGUAUCAGUGAUCCUCAGAUGUUAGUUGAUUGGGUUGAAAUACACAAGGCACUAGGCAUUCAGAAGAUGUUAGUGUAUUUGGAAAAUGUAUCAGAGUCAAUUCCAGAGGCCGUGGGUCGCUAUGUGAGAGAUGGGACAUUGGAUCUGUUUGACUGGCACCUAAACAAGAGAACGAGGGACUUUGGACAAUCCGGAGUGAUGACAGAGUGUCACUACCACUUCCUAUACAAUGCUGAAUAUGUAGCUACUUAUGAUUUGGAUGAAAUAGUAAUAUCUUCUGAACACAAGACAUGGGAUGACAUGUUUAAUGAAUUAUCCAAGAAACACUCUGAUUUUAACAAGAUAGGUACCUUUCUUUUAUACGGCCUCAGGUGGCAUACUAACUUCAACGAAUCUCAACAUUUCUCUGGACACGAGAAACUCUGUCCUAAAGUAAAAAUUCCUUUUUAUUUUAAGAAAACCUUGAGAGAAAAUAAAGCUUGGGAUCAUCCAAAGGUCAUAAUAAAGCCAGUCCUGACGAGACUAGUCCAGGUUCAUGGUGCAAACACUGUGAGAGGAGCCAGGGGCAUCAAACUACCAUCUGAGAGUGUAGCCUGUCACCAUUAUAGGGGAGAGAAGGAAGGGAAAGACCAUGUAUGGGAGAAUGCUCAUUUCAGUGAUGUGAUGAAGAAAUAUGAAGAAUUAGUUGUGAAGGAAGUUAAAAAAACAAUGUGUUCUUCACAAUAAUAAUAAUAUUAAUAAUAAUAAUAAUAAUAUCCAAUUUUAGUACAUAAUUGAUAAAGAGUAUCCUACUAAUCUACUACAGUAAUGAUAAUAAAAAGUAACCAUAAUCACAAAAAUAAGUCAAAUAAUAAUAAUUUUGGUUUGCUUUUAUUUCCUAUUAAUUUGGGUAUUAGUUACUAAUCAUAA